AUGCCCACGUGGAUAAUUAAAAGUGUAACACAAACGGGCCAAAAUCGCGAAAAACAGGAUGUAUUAAUAUAUAAAAAUGGUUUUAUCAUUGAAUUUCAUGACAUUGAAAAGUAUGAUCAAUCAUGUGAUUCCUUCAUAGAGUCGAUUAAACGAAAGAAAUUACCACAAGAAGUUUUAAAAUCUUCAAACUACGCUGGAAGUGACUUCGAUUAUUGUUUUGAAGAUCGUCAAGAGGAACUUGGCACAUCAUUACCAUGGCGAAAUUAUGAAUCCAGCGAAGUCAAACUGGAAAAAUACAAUCCAGAGUGGCCAAAACUAUAUCAACAAGAAUAUAACAAUAUAUUGGAUGCUUAUAGAAAUGAUUGGACACUCAUAGGCGCAAGAUUACUUCUAGAUAUGGAACACAUUGGAAGUACAAGUGUCGAAGGAAUGUGCGCAAAGCCGAUCAUCGAUAUGCUAAUAAUUGGACAAGAUGGAUUAAGAGGUGGACCAUCAAAAAUAAUUAUAACUUUAGAGAGAAUGGGUUACGUGCAUCAGUAUCCAUAUAUUACUCAUUGCUUUUCAGAGUUCGCGGAGUUCGCGCAUAGACCUGACUGUGUUAAGAUGCCUCCUCGUGGCAAAGGAACAAUUAUGAUAAAGGAAGGAUUCAUUGUUCAAAUAGUGGGUCGUAUUGAAAACUUUAUUGCAUUUCGUGAAUAUCUUCGUACACAUCCUGUUGCUCGCGAUGAAUAUAGUGAAGCAAAGGAACGUUCACUUUCAUACUCAUCACGCACGGAUUGCUAUACGCAUAAUAAAAAUGCAAUUUUGAAUGAUUUACUUGAUAAAGCUGUGCAAUGGUAUAGACAAUUGAAGAAUUAUACUCAUAUUGGUAUUUUUGAUGAAGCAAGGAAGCGGUGGACAUGCUGCAAAGCCUCCGAAGAUGAAUACAACGCAUGUGGUGAAAUAUAUAGUGUGCCCAAAGAGAACAUGCAGUAUGGUUGCUAUAACCUUGGAUCGAAAAAGGAAAACUAUCAUCCAGGCCGAUAUUUUUACAUUGACUACAACUUUAUCAAAGGCUGGUGGACGUGUUGUUCACAAGGUCUGUACUCAAAUGGAUGUGUGAACGUUAUAUUAUUGGCUAAUGAUGACGCUUUGCUCAAAGAUUACAACAACUGGAAUGUGGACUGCGUUUGCCGAUGGGUACGCUCUUUGAUGAAUAUUCAUAAAGAUUAUUCUGAAAAUUUUCGUCAGCACAAUAUAAAUGGCCAAUUAUUAUUAACUGCCGUAGAUGACGCAGUAUUGCAAGAUCUAGGAAUAUCAAGUGUACUUCAUCGGAAGUUAUUUCUGAAAGCCAUCGAGGAAUUGAAAGAUCUGUUAUUGUCAAAUUCAAAUAGUGGUGCAGGCUUGCUGCUAAAGAAUAAUGAGGUAAAAAAAGUUUACUAUGAUCAAUUCGAAGGUGAUUUUGCGCCAUUGCUUGCGAGUCACGAGAUGACAAAUUCUAUUGCACCAUUAUAUCCGAAUGUUUCUUCCUGUCAAUUAACAAACGAAAAACAUCGCUCUAUCGUUUCUCGUAUUUAUAAUUGGCUUGGUGCAUUGCCUAGCCAUUUUCAAGUCGAUAAAAUCGAAUAUGUUUUUAACAGCGGUCGUUAUCGAAUGUUUCUCGGACAAUUAGAAUCAGUUGAAAAUCGCCAAAAACAACCCCCAUUUCAACCAAAAUUAAACGAUGAAAACAGUUGCGAAGAACGUAAGCGUGUGUUGCAACGUCUUGAAACACUAUAUCAGUGUGUAUCACACAAUCGAUCUGCUAGAAUAGUUCGUAUGUGGCAUGGGUGCCGACGUAGUAUACUACCUAAUCUGCUGUCUGAUGGCUUUGCUGCGUUAGGGACACUAGACGAUGGUUGGUACGGUAAAGCUAUGUACUUUACUUCAUCAGCCAAAUAUGCCACACGUUACUGUAGUGAAACGGCUUGGUGCUUAAUCAUGUGCUACAUAGUACUAUUGAAUCCGUUUCCAGUUGUGACAGCUGAUGCUUCACUCGACAUAUCACCGAACCAGUUUCGAUUCUAUGGAAAGGGGAACUAUCGAAAUUAUCAAUGUCACUACGUACCAGUUUCACCUGUAGGAGGACCUAACACUUGGAACUAUCGUCCUCCGCCAAACGGUAUAGAUGAUGCCGUCUAUGACGAACUAGCUGUUUUUCAAGAAGCAAGUAUACUACCCCAAAUUGUUGUUCAUUUUAAAUAA